AUGCGUCACCUCAGACUUUCGGUGUUAUUAACGUCGAUUCUCUAUGCAAUUGGAAUUAUUGCAAGUGAAGAUUCCAACGAUGUUUCCGUUUUGAUCAGGGAAUCUGGACGUGCCAGUAACCAGUCCCUGUUAUGGGGCCCCUAUAAGUCGAAUCUCUACUUCGGGGUGCGUCCUCGCAUUCCAAAGAGUCUGUCGGCGGGAUUGAUCUGGGCAAAGGUUGAUGAUUAUACCAAUGCUCAAACAAACUUUAGACACACCUGUGAACAAAAUGAAGGAAUGGCUGGGUAUGGUUGGGAUGAGUACGACAUCCGGAAGGGUGGCCGGGAGACCAUCCAUGAUGCUGGAAACGACCUGGACUUGACCAUCGAUUUCAUCAAGGUUCCCGGUGGUCAGCAUGGUGGAAGCUGGGGUUUCCGAGUUAAAGGUACACCUAGAGAAGGUGCAAACCCUGACCAGCCUAUCUCGAUGAUCUUCUAUUCUACUCUCGAGGGCUUUGGACAUUUGAGUGUUGAUUCUGAGUCCUCGGAAUCCACCGGUGUUGAAGGCGAUGUCAAGCUUGAAGGAUACACGACAGAACUGGGUGAUUUCUCCAUCGAUGUCACCACUGGACCAGAGACCAACACGUAUCCCCGCUAUAACCACCCAAGCUCUACAGAUAAGCCAUUGGAUCGCAGCUUCGUUGCUAGUGUGGCCUUCCCAGAGGAGCAGCUUUGGCAAGCAAAGGGAAUUUUCUUCACUCAGUUGAAGGCUGAGGUUGAUGCUGCCCUCGAAAAAUAUGGAAAGGAGAACAUUCCCCCGCCGGCCCAGCUGUUUACGAUCAAACACAAGCCUGGCCAGGGUAAUGGCCAUCUUGUUCAGAAAGUUUUCACCGGUGCAUUCGAGUUUGAUGUCUUAUACUCUUCUGGCUCUGCCCCCGAACCCUUGACCUCGGACAUCCUCACUAAGGAGAUCGAUGAUGCCUCGGCCUCAUUUACCGAAACCUUCGAUCAGCUUCUCUCGCCCCAGGCGCCAUUUGACUCGCCUAAGUACUCGAAAUUUUCUAAGGCAAUGCUGUCUAACCUCAUUGGUGGUAUUGGAUACUUCCACGGUGAUGAUGUCGUGGAUCGGUCCGCAAAUCCUGCUUAUGAAGAAGAGAAUGAAGGCUUCUGGGAAGAGACCGCUGAGGCUAGGGCUGCUGUCCAGCCUGUUCUCGAAGGCCCCAAGGAACUCUUCACUUGUGUUCCUUCUAGGCCGUUCUUCCCCAGAGGUUUCCUUUGGGACGAAGGAUUCCAUUUGAUGCCUGUAAUCGAAUAUGAUACCGACCUUGCGCUCGAGAUCAUCAAGAGCUGGUUCCAUCUGAUGGACGAGGAUGGAUGGAUUGCCCGCGAACAGAUUCUGGGCCAGGAGGCACGCAGCAAGGUCCCCAAUGAGUUUACCAUCCAGUAUCCCCAUUAUGCAAAUCCACCUACUCUGUUCAUGGCCCUGGAAGCAUUCAUGGAUAAGGUCAACUCCAACAUCAACAAGAGCGAGGAGUCCGCGUCGCUGGACAACCAAGAUGUCACUGCUACACUGCGCUCUGCCACAGUCCGAUACCCGGAACUUUCUGAAGCAUACCUUCGUUCAUUCUACCCGCUCCUGAAGAAGCACUACAACUGGUACAGGAACACUCAGCGCGGCGAUAUUAAGUCCUACGACCGUGAAGCAUUCUCGACCAAGGAAGGUUACCGCUGGCGCGGACGUUCGGUGCAGCACAUUCUCACAUCCGGCAUCGAUGACUACCCUCGAGCUCAGCCCCCGCAUCCCGGUGAGCUGCAUGUCGACCUGAUCAGUUGGAUGGGAAUGAUGACCCGCGUUAUGCGCCGUAUUGCGGAGAAUCUCGGCGAAGAAGAAGAUGUUGAGAAGUUCGCUUCUUAUGAGACAGCUAUUACUCGUAACAUUGAUGACUUGCAUUGGGAUGAGAAGGAGCAAACCUUCUGUGAUGCGACUAUCGAUGAGUACGAAGAUAGUGUUCACGUCUGCCACAAGGGCUACAUCUCGAUCUUCCCCUUCCUGACUGGUAUUCUGGGCCCUGAUAGCCCGCGUCUUAAGGCUGUGCUGGACUUGAUCAGUGACCCCGAGGAAUUGUGGAGCGACUAUGGUAUUCGCAGUUUGAGCACGAAGGACAAGUUCUACAAGACUGAUGAGAACUAUUGGAGAAGCCCUAUCUGGAUUAACAUCAACUACUUGGUGUUGAAAAACCUCUAUGACACUGCCUUGGUCUCUGGUCCUCACCAGGAACAGGCACGGGAGAUGUACUCCAGCUUGCGCAAGAAUCUGGUCGAGAAUGUGUUCCGAGAGUGGAAGAAGACUGGGUUUGCCUGGGAACAAUUCAACCCUGACUCGGGCGCUGGGCAGCGGACACAGCACUUUACCGGCUGGACCAGUAUGGUGGUGAACAUGAUGUCUAUGCCGGAUUUGGCUGCCCCCGAAAAGACCACUCAUGACGAGCUGUAA